GCUUCCUUUUGUAGGGUAAAGCAAUGAAAGCAAUUGAGAAGUUCCUUAUGACCAAUGGCCGCACGACUCGGAUAAUCGUCAUCUCCAUAUGCGGCACCUUACGUUGUCUGGGCCACACCUCGGUGGUGCGUGAUUCUACGGAGGUGGUUACCCUGGACGAACUGGCGAAGCCAGCGGCCGUUCAGAAUUGGAUUGCGGGCUUAUCAUUGUGUUCUUCUGGGUUGCGUCUUAUACCUAUGAUGCUACCUUCCUCGUGAA